UCUCAACUUUAUGCAAAUGAAUUAUGACGCGGUGAAGCGACAUUCUAACCCGAUUGGCUCCUAGCUUUUCUUUGGACCAAUCACAAACAAGGCGGUUCGACGUCCUCAAGCUCCUGCUCUCUGAAUUUCUAGUUUCUUUCCCGGUUCAUUCUGUUGAACGGGGUGGACCCACAUCAGUCUGUGGGAACGGCUGCGUUUCCAGCGCAGUUAAAUCACAGAAAUGCCCAAGAGUCCAGCAAGUUUGGGAGUUAUAGCUGUAGAAUAAAGUGGCCGAGCGAUUCCUUUUUUGUGCCUUUUUUCUUGUCGGAGGCUGGACCAUGAUACACGCGACAAACGCUGGGCGACACAAGCGACUCGUCGCGUUGAGCUGCGCCACCGAUGGGCGGAACCUGCUGUUUACCUGGAGUCCCUUUAGCUUCAGUGGCGUUCGCACUAAAAUUGAUAACUUGUCAGCAACAAACAGCAAAACAAGUGUAAAAUAGCAAGCUUAGAAGCUAACAGGCCCGAUACUAUUCAGCUAACUAGCAACUAUAAACAGUAAAACACUGAUAUGAAGCUGAGUAAUUACGCUACAUUAAUAAUUAGAAACUUGCCAUUUUUGGGUUUUAGUAUAAAUCAAGUUUAAUUUAGGACUGUCAGUGGUUUAGCUGGACUAUCUGCUGCACUAUCCUGCCCGACUGUAUAUGCCUAUACAACAUGCAUAUACUACACUCAGUCCUCGGGCUGGCUUAGAGGAUGGUCAUGUGAUGUAAUGUUUUUACGUCUUAGGCGGGGCUUAGAGGGAAGCUGGAAGAAGGAGGCUAACAGCAGCGGGCUACACAGCAGCCUCACGUGUAGCCUCAGCAGCCUCACUCUGAUUGUAAAAAUAAAGUAACAAGUUACGAAAAAACACACAAGCUAAUGUCUACAAGAAGUCUCUCCGUGCACACCACCAGAGUGAAGUGAGUGAAAGGCCGAUGCGCGGGUACCUGCGCGGCGGAGUCACCUUUCGCUAAACCUGACAGAAAACACGCAGAGGCUGCUGAGGGGCUCGAGCUCCGUAGGAUCUCUCGAAGAUGCCAUUCGUUAAAUGCCUGCUGAUGAACCUUGGGGCUCUGUUUCUAAGCCUGUCCUUAAUGCCCAUGUUCACCUCUGCCCUGGUCAAAACGGUGAAAAAGCUGAACGAAUCCGCUGUUCUGAGCUGUAACGUAGAGUGUACAGGUGUGAUGCAGUGGAGUAGGGAAGGGAAGCCCGUUGCUGAAUGCGGCCCUGGAGCUAAAAAAUUGAGUUUCGUCUGUGAAAUUAAUCAGGAAAAAACUCUGUUCACUGUUCCUCUGGUGAACUUCUUAACCAGAGGCUACUACUCUGCUUUCUGCAGUGGCGAAGAAAUGUCUCAGUGCAGACAAUUCUUACAACUUCUCCCCCCUGAGGAUGUCUUUGUCCGGAAUGCUGGAGAUCAUCUGGGACUGGAUCUUCGCAUUCCUGAUCCAGUUACCGUAGAGUUCACAGGGAAUGGAAACUCCUCCACACUUGAGGUUUGCCUCGUGGAUGGACGUCGCUGUCAGUGUCACGCAGAGUAUGAGCAGAGGAUCCACGUUGUCGGAAACAUCUUAUUUCUGAUGGAUCUCAAACCUUCAGACAGCGGAAACUACAGCAUACAAAACGCUGCUGACCGUACACUGGUGAGCAGUUCAGACGUCACUGUCACAGAGAGGAGCUCCAGAGUCAGAAUUCCCACCUCACCAGAGAGAGAGAAGCACGACCCCAAACAUUUCUUCAUCAGCACAGUAAACGACCUUCAGGAGAGCUGGAUAUGGAAGGAAGGAUAUCAGAAGGGAAUAGUGAGUGGAGCGCUGGCAGCUGGAAUUCCACAGCUAGUUUUCAUAGUUGUGUUUUUCUUUAUUGGUGCCUUUGUUGGGCCAAAGCUGUGGCCUCUGCUGAACAGCUGUGCGCAGAAUCUCAGAUUUACAGAGUGCUCCCAUCAGGAUCCACGUAUGGAUAAUGAAAGGGGUAUUCUCCUGACUUCUCCUAAUGGUCCCACCCAGAACUAGGAAAAUGAUCUUAACGUCAGAAGCUGAAUUUUAAUGUUUUUAGCCUUUUGAAAAAACCUAAUUGAAAAAAUUAUGUAGAAGCCAAAUAUGAUGUUUUUUCCUUCAACAUACAAAAUGUAGAAACCCAAACUGUAGACCUGGGUUUCCAGUAGGCUGACUAUGAUGAUCUACUUAUCCAACAAAAAAAAAAGCUCAGUUUUAACAAUCUUACUAAAAAGGCUCAGCUUUUUUAUUAAGUAUACCGUUAAAACUGAGUUCCAUUCCAUUAAUAUCACACUGCCAAAUUUCUGCUCUGUCUCACUUAUACAGGCCAGAACAGCCCGUUCAUUCCUGUGCAUUUAACAUGAACACAGGACAUUUGUGUAUUAAUAUGUGAUGAUGUCAGGGCCCUGAGCACAUCACCAUCCACCAAGAACCCCUUAUGUACAUUUUAUUAAAAGACAUUAAAGAGACAUUAACACAGGACUUACCUGGCUCCUGUAGAAAUGGUGGGCAUCUUCCUCCCAACCCUCUGGUACCCUCCUGACCUCUCAUCCCCACACUACCACAUAACAUUUAUAUUCUCUGAAGAAUGCCCCCCAAAAAUCACACAUUCUGCCAGAGUAUGUAAACUUAUGAGCACAACUGAACAAGCUAACAGAGAAAUUAUUCCCAGAGUAAGCUUUAACUAUCCAUAAUCACUUUAAUUAACUAUUCCUGACCCGUAGCUUCUUACAUGUAGACAUGUCACACCUGCAUUAUGAUGUUUUUAUUUAUUUAUUUAUUUUUAAAUAAUAAAUAAAUAUUUAUUUAGCUCAUUUGUUUUGAUGAAGUUUGCUCAGAUGAAGUUUCCUAACGUCCUAUUUCUGCCAUUUCCAUUUUCUUUUUAAAUUUAUGGUCUGUAUUUCUGAGAGCUGUUUGCAUAUUUGGUGCUUAAACUGAUUGUGUCAUUUUAUAAUUCUGUAUUAUGGUGCCAAAUCAAGCCAUCUUCAGUCUGCCUUCACAUCUUAUCUGCAAAAAAUGUAUAUACAUUAAAAGUUUAUUUUGUUUUUUAAAUAAAAAAACCUUGCAUCUCUUUUUUUUUUACUUUUCUCCUUAGUGUGAAUCUGGCCGUUAUUUAUCCUGUUUUAGGAUGAUACGAUCAAUAAAAAUGGUCUCUGCAUGAUUUUGGAUAAAAUUAUUUUACACUUUCUUUUUAUCGAAAUAUAGGAGUUGCUGUAGUAACUUCAGGUUCUGUUUUGGGGAUGCAUUGUUUUUAAGUUAGAGCUCUGAUUUAUGCAAUCAUACUUUUUCAGUUUCAGUUACAUUUGUCUGUUUUGUUUUCCUGUGAAACUGAAAUGCACUGAAAUUCUAUUACAGAUCUUUCUCUGUGAAUGAAAUAAAUACAUGUUUUAAAUAUUCAAUCCCUUAACACUCUCAUUUGGAGAUAAACUGAUUCAUGUGAUCAAUUAAUGCUAUUUUUAAUAAUCAGUGAUUUAAAAAGGACAGGUGACUCUACAGCAGCCCCCAGCUAUCAGUGACCUGCAGGUGGCGCUGUGAGUCCGUCUGUAGUGGAGCGCAGUUAGAGCGCCGCCGUGUGUCCAUUUCUCCAGUAUUAAAGCAGGCUUUGGCGGAAGCUGUAAAGUGGAGUGUUUUGGCUGGUUUGUAAUUCAAAUUUCUGUCUUCAAAAACUCUGUAUAUUCAUCUGGCAACUUUAAAUAAACUUUUUAAAUACGACUUUCCUUUAAUAUAAUGUGGAAGCUGUAACUUA